UUCUCCAGAGGCUACAUGCGCUGCCAUGCUGUGCUGCUCAUUACCCAAACAGCAUCUGCAGUUCCCUUCUCUGUUACAGAUGCUGCAGUCUGCUUAGUUUGUGCAAAUGCCGUGUUGCCCUUGCACUCCUGCAGCCAUCCCCACAGUUCCUCUGCUAGGACCCAUCCUGCUCCUCACCCCACAUGUGCUCCCUCCUUGCUCAGGGGUUUACUGUCAAUCCUGCGUAAACUGAAAAGCACCCCAGACCAGGAGGUGAGGAUCCUCCUCUUGGGACUGGAUAAUGCAGGCAAGACUACACUCCUGAAACAGCUGGCAUCUGAGGACAUAAGCCACAUCACACCAACACAGGGCUUUAACAUCAAAAGCGUUCAGUCUCAAGGCUUCAAGCUGAACGUAUGGGACAUAGGCGGACAGAGGAAGAUCAGGCCGUACUGGAGGAACUAUUUUGAAAACACUGAUAUCCUUAUCUAUGUCAUUGACAGUGCAGAUAGGAAGAGGUUUGAAGAAACGGGUCAGGAGCUGGCUGAGCUUUUGGAUGAAGAAAAGCUUGGUGGAGUCCCCGUGCUCAUAUUCGCUAACAAGCAGGAUUUGCUGACGGCUGCCCCUGCUUCAGAGAUUGCCGAGGGACUGAACCUACACACAAUCCGUGACAGGGUCUGGCAGAUCCAGUCUUGUUCGGCUCUUUCAGGAGAGGGAGUACAGGACGGCAUGAAUUGGGUGUGCAAAAAUGUCAAUGCAAAGAAGAAAUAAAGCACUGAGCUACAUGGAAAUGGAGGAGCGGUGGGAGCAGAAUUCUAGCCUGAAAACACUAAUUUGCUGCUUUCUGACCAAAUGUUUUUCCAUCUGUGCACAGCUACAGCUGUUAAAAGAAAAAAAAA